ACAGCCUAACAGUCGAGAGUGCGCAUGCUUAGCUGGUUACAGCGGAUUAUUUCGCCUUAAACUUUAUAAUUAUUGCAUGUGAACUUCCUGAACUGACAGACCCGUCUUCUGUUUUUGAACUUUGGACUCUUACGAAGACUUUCCUUGAAACUGACUCUUAAUAUCAUCAAACUCCGGUUUCGUUCGCCCACAACACAUCCGCCACGGGAGAGAAACGGCCCAGAGAGCAAGCCAUGUGGAGCCACGCCCUUCUGUUCACGCUGCAGGUUCUCACCGUUCCUCCCUCUGUGUUCAGUCAGCGUUCUGUAACGGCUGAACUUCAUCAGGCCGCUACUCUCCACUGCGACUGGAAAUGUUCUGGUUUGGUUAAAUGGACCCGGUUUCAUCUACCAGAUCAUGUUCUGGCUCAGUGUGAUCAGACAUCCUGCAGGUCCGAGAAGGGAUUUAAUAUCUCCCAUGAUCAGUACCUGGAGGGGAAACCAUAUCUCACCAUCGCUGCGGCUGAUUACACUACGAGAGGGAUAUACACCUGUCAGUGUGAGGCUUCAGAGGUCUGUGACGUGCGUCUCUUCAUUAAGGCUGUGGAGGUGACCCGUGUGGUUACCCCAGGUGAGCCCAUCGACGUGCUCUUACCCCUCAGUGACAUGGUGGAGGUGCGUUUUAGUGCGAGCGACGCUCUACACCCAUCACCCCUGCAGAUCUGCACCGUGGACAACGAGAGGAUGGAGUGCAGUCCAGAGUACAGAGAGAGAGUGUCUCGCAUCAACACGCUCCAGAUUAAAGAUGGGAAUGCGUCCGACAGCGGGAACUACACAGUCCGGGACAGCGGGACCGAUGAGACCAUCGCCAUCGUACAGGUCCAUGUGAGAGCGAAGAAGACGGAUGAUGAAACCUCGCCUCCAGUGAAAGGUGAACAUGUGUACAGCAGCUGGACUGUCGGACUCGUGUUCUGUGUGGGUUUGGUGACUGGCGUUCUCCUGCGUCAGUUUGUCUGGCCGUGGAUACUUACAGGCUGGAGUCGUGUCAAGAAACAAGGGGCAAAGAGUCCAGAGUGUGACCACCGUCCUCUGGGGAAGGACCACAACCGUCCUCUGGGGAAGGACCCCGAUCCUCCUGAAACCACCUCGCUGAAGUCUGUAUGAAGUCUCUAAAGGAAAGGGGUGCGCGUGUGUGUGUGUGUGUGUGUUAAACCUUUUGCAGCAGUGUGUCGGAGUCGUGAACAUAUGCACAAGUGUUGACUCAUUGCACACUGAACCCACCACGGGAAGUGCUGACUAGAGGGUCAGUGGGAAGAUCAGAGGAGGAGCCGAUCCUGUGGGUUUCUGAAAUGUGGCUUUAUUUUAAGAUGAGGCCGGAGUCACUCACAAUCAUGACACUGAAUUACACGAGUAACCCUGGUUUUGUAUCAAGGAAAAGUAGCACAAAACACUUCAGAUUGUAUAAAACCCCGGGAGGAGGCUCCUCACCUGGCAGCAUGCAUUAAUCAUCCAGGAAACAUGAGAAGGUUCACAUCCCUUCACUCACAGGGUUGGUGUGGUUGAGUUUGAGAGCCGGUUCCGUUUGCUCUUUGAAUGUCCUGAUGUUUUCUCUGAAUCACUCGACUCCGUUUUCUUUUUUCGUGCCUUGAAUUUCCAGUUCUGACCUCACGCCAUAGAAAUGCUCUGAAUCCAGAAUUAAUAAGCAACUUCAGCCCCAGCCUACUGAGUGUUAGAUUUAAAGCUGCAGUAAGUAACCUGUGUAAAGUGUCAUUUUUCUCAUAUUUGCUUAAACGGUCACUGUUCUGAAGAACAGGACAGGAGCGAGAUAAUCUGUGGGGGAAAAACUCCACCUCAUGUGCCUAAUGCCACCAUGCCUGAACGAAACAACCAAUCAGAACAAAGAGGAGUGUCUGAUGGUGUCAGUCGCUGCUCAUGAACCGUCUGGAAGUUGAACUCCUCCUUCAGGUUUUCAGAAAUGCUUAUUAAAGGCCUCUACUCUGAUUUAUUUCCCCUUCAUUUCACUUUGGUUUAUUUUUAGAACUUCAGGAAGAGUAGGGGGCAUCGUACCGUAUCUCCUGCUGCUGAUUUGACCAACUUCCAGAAUUUUCUCGGGUCAUUUGGAUUUUGAUCUAUUAAAUUAAAGUGAUGCUCACUUUUUGUGCUUUUUAUCAGCCGAGUGCAUCUGUUUCUUAAUACCCGAUAAUCUACCCAGUGUUUAGCUUCAUUAGUUCUCUUAGCUUUGCUCCACGCAUUCUCCUGCUGUCUGAUAGCAGAUGCUCUGAACCAUGGGUUAUCUUUACCGCUAACUCUAAACCUUCUCUUUGGUACAUGCGUAUUAAUUAGGGACAGGAACGAGGUUUUCAAAAAUUCCAUCCCAACUCAACAUCCCCCAUCUCGCAGACAAAGUUUAAGUCACUAUGGAAUACAUCAUGCAGGAAAGCCUGCUCAUUAAAACAUUUGUAGUUCCUGUUAAAAAUAAAUCAAGGUUUAGUUUGGGGAACUUUUACGGCUUCUAACACAGGCAACUGUACAACGAUCACUGACCUCGUUCGAGAAUAUUCCAACAGCAGAAUAUUUAUGUGGAGCUUUUGUGAGAGUGACGUCGAGUAAGGUAGACUUGUCCAAGCGUUUCGGAUUUAAUCGUGUGGGAGAAUGUAGGAGUUGCAUCAGAUAUCGAGUGUCACAAAUGUCCUUAAGUGCUCUUGAGGAGGUGGAUAAUCAGUCCCAGUUUAAGUCUCCCAGUAUAACUACUGUAACCGUGAGCAACUGAAACAAACCGAGACAAACACGUCUCUGUCCCCCACUGCAACUCUCACCCCGGCAGGCCCUCAGUCACACAGCCGAGACCUCGCUGUAAUCCAACGGGAUGGGGCAAAAGGCUCGACCUCCGAAUACAGCAUGCAAACAGAUGUUGGGGAAGUGUGUGUGUGUGUGUGUGUGUGUACACUGCUUUUAAAACUGUGUGCGCGCGCAAACAGACCAGAGCAGCUUCUAAUGAAUGGACCUCAACCACAACACUCUCACUUAAGACAAAGAAGAAACCUUUAUUUGUCACAUGCACACUUCAAGCACAGUGAGACUCAUCCUCUGCAUUUAACCCAUCUGAAGCAGUGAACACACACACACACACCCAGAGCAGCGGGCAGCCGCACUACAGCACCCGGGGAGCAGUCAGGGGUUCAGUACCUCGCUUAAGGGCACCUCAGCCCAAGGCCGCCCCACGUUAACCUAACUGCAUGUCUUUGGAGGAAACC